UGUGACUUCCUUAUUCUGAACAAACUCAAGCAGCACUCAAGUCUCAGCGGACACGUCUUCUGUCAGGCUCAUGAAAUGGAUUCAAUCUAUGAAAAUUCUGAUAUCAUAAAUACAACAAUUUCUUCAGAUGAAAAACGCUCUCCAUUCAAAGGUAAUUUCACUGAAGAACAAGAAAGUGAGAGGAAAGUCAGUCCCUCUAAGUGGACUAAAGGUCUUCUGAUUCUUCUGGGUUUGACGCUCGUUUUUGCUCUCGGGGGUCUCUGCGCUCUCUGGAUCCUUUAUAACAAUAAGCUUGCAGAUUUCAAAUCACUGAAUGAGCAGCACAUCAUGGUUUCAAAACAACUUGCAGCUCAAGUGAUCAACAACACAGUUAUGAUAAGAGAACAAGAGGAACUUAGAACCAACUACACCAGAGUUAGAGAACAGUUUCUACUUCUUGGUGGCUCUACAGAUCUGAUGAGGAUGCAGCAGUAUGAAGUGGAUGUGACUCUGGAUCCGAAUACAGCUCAUCCAUAUCUCAUCCUGUCUGAUGAUGGAAAACAAGUGAGAUGUGGAGACACUGGACAGAAACUACCAGAAAAACCAGAGAGAUUUAAUAACAGUGUAUGUGUCCUGGGAAAGGAGGGAUUCUCCUCAGGGAGAUUUUAUUUUGAGGUGCAGGUGAAGGGAAAGACUGAGUGGGAUUUAGGAGUGGCCAGAGAAUCCAUUAACAGGAAGGUACAGAUCAUACUGACUCCCAGUAAUGGAUUCUGGACUGUGUGGCUGAGGAAUGGGAAUGAAUAUAAAGCUCUCUCUGAUCCCUUUGUCUCUCUGUGUCUGAGAGUGAAGCCGCAGCGGGUCGGUGUGUUUGUGGAUUAUGAAGAGGGUCUGGUCUCCUUUUAUGAUGUGGAGUCCAGCUCUCAUAUCUACUCUUUCACUGGUCAGUCUUUCACUGGGAAACUCUAUCCAUAUUUUAGCCCAUCCUUAAACUAUGGAGGUAAAAACUCAGCUCCACUGAUCAUCACACCUGUCAAAUACAAUAAAUGAAUUUACACCUAAUAUGAAAUACACAAUGAUAUAUAUUUUGAAAUAAUGAUUUAUAUAUUUAAAAAUCUAAAAACAUAUGUUUUGCUAUUUUUUUUUUUUUUUUAUAAUUCAUUUUUCAUUGUUAAAGUCUGUCAUUUCUAGCUAUAACUGCAAAUUUUAAUGUAAGAAUAUGAUUUAGUUUUUUUUUUCAAUUGCUAACAUACAUUUGUCCAAUCUGUAGUCACAUUUUCAAAGCUCUAAACACAUUUAACAGAACAUCUGUCUGUUGUGGCCAUACCAUUAACUGAUAAGCAUUUUUAACUGAUCACUGAAAUCUUGAGAAAUAGAUUCCACUCUCAGUUGGAGGCACAGUCAGAUAUUGAAUUUCGUUUCAUUACACGGACAUAGAGUAAAAUAGGACUCUUUGAAUUGGUUUUGUUCAGUGUGGAUGCAGAACAACACAAAAGCAGAGAGAGAGAAAAAAUAUUAUCUGGAUGAGGGAGAGGAAUAGUUGUUGGAGGAGAGUAGUAGUUGGAUCAGGACAAGGGAGAAGAAGAGGUAAUGGAGAGGAGUAAGAUUGUGUGCUGAAUUGUGCUUCUCUAUGAUUUUCCCCUUUACACAUGUAGAACCUAUGAAAAGCCUAUUCCUGCCAUGCAGUGACUUUUUUCGCUCAAUAGUUUAUAUCUCAAAAAUUAGAAUUCUGAGAUAAAAAGUCACAAUAACCUUUUAUACAUUUUUAUUCUGCUUCAAUCAAUCAAUCAAUCAAUCAAUCAAUAAAUAAAUAAAAAGCUUCAACAGUAACCAAAGGCCAUGUAUGUUGGAUUUGUUAUUGUAAAGAUGUAAAGCUUUUACUACAACGAUUCUACUACCACUGUUUCAUAUAUGCAGAAUAUCUGGUCUGUGUAGGGCGUUAACUACCAAGGGGACACCAUCCAACCCUCUUUGGGGACACCAUCAACACCCCCACCCCCCAGAAAGACAUUUCAACAAAGGGGCCAACUGAAGUUCAGCAUAGGGGACUCAUUUGACCAUUGGCUGCCUUGAGCAAUUCUGUUACUUCCUUCUCUUUAUCUACAGUACAUAUAUUCUAUAAUGUAAUGAAUGUAAUGAUAGAGUUAGUAUAUGUAGAAAAAGGUUUUUAGUAUUUUGAAAUGUAGAGUUUGUAUUUAUUUAACAAAAUAUGGUUUCGGGCAGAUAAUUAACUGUUAAUUAACUGUGAUGUGGGUGUGUUGUUGUGUUAAGAGUUUAGAAAAAGUACUUUAUGUACUGGUAAACGCUAUAAGCAAUUGUAAAAAAAAAAAAAAAAAAAAAACUGUAACAAAUAAUUGUUUUUCAACUUUUCAUAAUUAUGCCAUUUUUUCCUCCCAUCGCCACCUGAAAAAGUGAAAUUCCCUGUAUUUUUUUUUUUU